AUGCCUCAGGCACAGGACAACGCCCGGUUCGUUUUCAUCGUGCUGCUAAUCAUAUGGCUAAAUGCGGGCAACGACAACGGUACGGGCCUGUUAUCGGCGCCGUCGCUAGUCGCCGGACGGCUGUACCGACAGCGCGCAGCCUACACGACGAUGGCGAACUCGAGCUGGGGCGACUUUGAUCCGCAGCCACAGGCCGUGGCGAGGCCAUCCGAUGCAGCGACGGCAGCGACGACGUCUCCUCCAUCGAGCGGCCGCUACCUCAACCUGACCGGUUUUCGCGAGGAGGACGGACUGGCGUGGGACGAUCUGGCUACGUUCAAGCAGCGAUGUCUGGAGUGGAGCCGGCGGGCGUUCCAGACGGCUCACGGCCACAGUCUCUGGGACGUGGCCCAGGUGGUGCCGACAUGGCAGAAUGCGACGGGCACGGUUCACGGGUCGUGGGUGCGUCAGGCCUGUUCGGUGGAACGCGACGCGACGAGCUACAACGGCUCCGUGCUGACGGGGUCUGGGACGUGGGACCACAUGGACGACGAAGGCUACGAGUCGAGGCCGCUGCUGGAGGGCUACGGCAGCCGGGCGCACGACAGGGCGAAAAGCAGCAACGGGACGACGACCAAGUCCAAGUCCAAAUACGAGGACAAGAAUGUGGUGCAGUGGAGCCGCAACAUCACGGGCCAGUCUGGGCGGAUGGUGGUACGGAUCACAGACAACGAGGAGGACGAGCGGUACGAGAGCGAAGACAGAUCUGGUGAAACAACAACAAGCGGGCCGGGGGCGGGCGGACUGGUGCGGACGGUGACGGCAACAGUGAACAUUGAGGACGAAGAGGGCACAGGCAGCUCGCACGACAUGCGGCUGCACGGGGUGCACUGGCCGCACAAGGGAGCGCUGAUGCUGGCGACGACGAGCGAGAAGUUUGCGGGCAUCUUUGGGCUGCCACACCUGGCGCCAGGUGAGGAGUUCUUCCGAUCGAGUCAACGGCUGCUGAACCGGACGCUGGACGCGGCGCUGCGACAGCGCGAGCGGGUGCAUGGGUUCGGGGCGCCUGACCCGGCGUAUGCGAGCCCGCUGUGGACGUCGAGCGUGGACGAGACGCCCGAGGGUCUGUUCCCGUCGCCGCGCUGCGAGUAUGUCAUGUACCUGCAGAUACACCCGGUGGAGGCAUCGCGGGUGUUGGGCAGUGCGAAGCAAGCAGCAGCAGCAGCAGCAGCAGCAGCCGCCGCAGGAACCGAGCUGCAGGAGGACCAGAGCCAGGAGCAGCUGGUGGCGGCAGCGAUUCGCGACAUUGAACACGAGCUGCGAUUUCCGAGCGGCGCGCCGAUUGCCGGAGGAGGCGGGGUGGUGCCGACGAUGCAGAUGUCAGCGAUGCUGUACUCGCCCGACUGCGCAUACUUUAUCGAGACCAAGGGCCCACCUCGGUUUGCGGCAGCCGAGGGCCAGCACCUGCGGGGACUCAAGUCGGAGGUGUUUGUGUACGAGGCGCGGCUGUGGAUGCUGGGCUAUGCGGCCGUCUUGGGCGUGCAGAUCAAGCUGCUGCUGGGCCAAGUGCGCUCGACGUACACGCCGUCGACGCUGGGGAGGGCUAGCUUCUAUACGGUGGCCAUGAUGCUGCUGGCCGACGGCAUGGUGUUUGUGUCGGCGUCGGCCUGGACGCUGACGGCGUCGGCGAGCUUCCUGCCUUCGCUGGCGGUGACGUUUGCCGGGUUCCUGUCGGUGACCAUUGGCGGUGGCUUUCUGUCGGAGAUCUACACGGCACAGGAACCAGAGCGACGACGACAGCGGCGACGACGACAACGAGAGCGGCAAGAAAGACAGCAGCAGCAGCGACAAGUGUCUGUGCCCAUCAUCGUGCCGUCAGAUCAAGACGUGGAUGCAGAGAUUGAAGAACAGGAGGCUGCAGAGCGGCAGCAGUCGGCGUUUCUACUACCGGCUCCAGCAACAGCCAAUGCACCUGCAGCUGCUGUAGCUGCUGCAGCUACUGCACCAGACACAUCCGACACGCCGUCGCCGUCGUUUUCGAGCGUGGCCGGACGGCUCGCUAUGCUGGGACUGGGACUGCUCUUUUUGAGCCUGGCUGCGAUGACGUGGUGGGCAUCAGCACGGGCAGUGUACGCAAACGUGCUGGCAGCAGCAUACCUGUCGAUGUGGGUGCCGCAGAUUGUGCGCAACGUGGAGCGCAACAGCCGGCGGGCGUUUGCGUGGCCGUUUAUGGUGGGCCAGUCAGCGAUGCGGCUGGCGCCGGUGGCCUACUUUUGGCUGCGAGCCGACAACGUGCUGUUUGCACGGCCAGACCGCCAUGCCUUUCUUGCGCUGGCCGCCUGGGUCUGGGUGCAGCUAUGGGUGCUGGCUUUCCAGGACGCUUGGGAGUACCACCCGGUGCUGCGCGAGGAUGCCGUGGAGGCUGGCCGGCUGCCGAUUGGACUGGUCUCUACGGUAGAUGGAGAGGAUGGCAGCGGCAGCAACAAUAACAACAGCACUGACAGCAACGGGCUGGCGAGCACAAACCUCUGGACAGUCGACUGUGCCAUCUGCUGCGAGGCUCUCGACGUGCCUGUCAUCCGCAUGGGCGUCGAAGACCCUACGGCCGGCGGUGUGGCCGGCGUGCUGGCCCGGCGCCAAUACAUGGUGACGCCGUGCCGUCAUGUCUUUCAUACCGCCUGUCUCGAGGGCUGGCUGCGCUUCCGGCUGCAGUGUCCGAUCUGCCGCGAGGAGCUGCCGCCGCUGUAA